ACAAGUCCACAGACUUAUAGUGGACUCAAGUUGCAAGUUCACAACUUGCCCCAAGUCAUAUGCCAAGUCGAGUGAUCUUCUUCUACUGAACACUUUCUUAUUAUUCAGCUGUUUCCUUUUCCAGUAUAACGAAAAAGCUAAAACCCUAAAGCUACAUAUAUAAGCUCUGCUGUAGAAUUAACUUAAGUUCUAAGGUAGUUAAUCCCCAAUUCAUAGAAUUUUGGUGAUCAAUCGAUAAAUCCUCUUGUCUCUUGGUUUUAGUAUCCUAUCAAAGAAAUGGGGAAAAAGGAGCAAGAACACCUUAAUCGCAUCUUUGUUACGCAUCUAAACACCAUGCAUGAGACCUUCCAGCUUUUGGAAGAUGCACCUCCUUCUUCUCUUGAGAAAGUAGAUUGGCAGGAUGUUGUAACAUUGGGGGGGCAAGUAUCAAAACAAGCAACAAUAGCUGGAAUGCUUUGGAGUGGAGCACCCAACAUGAAAGAGUUGGAAGAGAACAUGGGGGUCUACUUUAACUUGCUGCAGGGAUUCCUUUUGCUGGCACACAGUAACAAGAUCGGUGCGGGGCCAACUCUUUCAUCCUAUAUUAAUGCAUCUGCAAAGCACGUUGCCGAUACAAGUUAUUCAUUCUUUAAAGAGGCUGUCUCCUCCUUUGGAACUAAUAGCAAAGAUCAGAAACUAUCGAUCCCGCAGUUAGCAGGUACUGUCUGGGAAGCGUGUGAUUCUCUUAAAAAAACUCCUUCCACAAACUACACAGCCGUUGGGCGAGCCAUCACACAAGUUGCAGUAUCCAUGAAGGAUGUACUGCGUGAACUAAAAGAGUUGAAACCAGCCUCAGUUGAAGAUCCAACAAUUGAUAAUACUCCUGACGAGACAACUGCUCCAAGUGAAAGCGAUGAUGAUGCCGAUGAUGAGGGCGGUGACCUCGGAGAAGACCUCUCACCUGAGGAGAUGAAAAUCGCAGAAUCAGCUAUUAUUGUUGUGUCCGACACUCUUACAGCAAUCAAGGAGCUUAUCCGCUUUAUCACAGGUUUGCUUAGGCAAUCAAAACCCGCCGAUAAUGAUAGCAAAUCAGUAGAUUCAUUGGAGGGAUUAUUAAGGCUGUGUAAAGGAAUCGGAAUUCAAAUUGAUGAGCUUGGUGCAUGUUUGUACCCUCCACAAGAGAUUCCUGCAUUGAAGCUGGGAGUGGAUAAAAUUUCAGAUAAUGUUCGUGAAAUUCAAGCAGAGAUUCGUAAAUUUGAGGGAAGUUCCUAUGAUAGUUUAUUUCAAGCAUGCGAAUGUUUAGCGACUUCACUGACCAAAAUGAAGACGGAAUUGGAUUUGUCCGAGACAAGAACCAAAAUGCAGAAUCUGGCAGUCAGUAGUUGGGAUAUGAAAGGAAACUCAUUACUGUAAACAUUUUCUUUUUUGAUUAUUAAAAGUUACUGGUAGUCUGCAAACUUAGUGAUGAGAAAUCUGAGAUUAUAACGGUCCAUAUAUAUAUAUAUAUAAUCGUUUUGUC